GGUAAAAUUUGCCUUUGGCGUGACAUGGGAGAGAUCUGACACGCAGCAGCGACAACCAGCCGAGCCCGCCGUUUUUCCAACAGCUGACACUUCCAGCCAACCCUCCAACCAGCAAAGCAGCCAGCCAUGGGCAAGAAGGGCAAGAAGGGAAAGAAGACCAACUUCAAGAAGGUCGACCUUGGCCAGCUCCUCGACUCGGCCCCGGCACCGGCCACAAGUGACAUUGUGGUGCCAUCUGCGCCAGGUGCCUCCAAGGUCGUCAUCGAUGACGCGGAUCUGCCACAGUACCCUCCCUUCAAGGCGUUCGUCGGCCGCCUGUCGUACGGCGCCUCGGAGCAGGAUGUGAUGAACUUCUUUGCUCCCAGCAAGGUUGAGGAGGUUACCCUCGUCAAGGACCAGUCUGGCGCCAUGAAGGGCUUCGGGUAUGUCGUGUUUGCUACCAAGGAGGAUCUCAAGGAAGGUCUGAUGAAGAACGACGAGAUCAUGCUGGGCCGGAAGGUGCGUGUCGAUCUGACGGACGCCAGCGAUCGUGGCCCCUCCACCAGGACCAGCGCUGCGUUUGGCGACCGCGAGUGGCGCUCUGCCCCACGCGAGCCCGCCCCCGCUGCCCGCGAGUCUGCCGGCUUUGGCGGUGACCGCAUGGAACGCGGUGACCGCAUGGAGCGUGGUGAUGAGCCUGCAGGCCCUCCGCGCGCCAUGGCCACCUCGGACUGGCGGUCCGCUGGUCCCCCUUCCUCGGCGCCACCCUCUGGCCGUGGCGGCUUUGGUGGUGACCGGCGUCGCGGUGGCGGCGGAUGGCGCGACGGCUCCGACAGGCGCGGUGGCUUUGGUGACGAUCGCCGUGGUGGCUUUGGCGAUGAUCGCCGUGGUGGCUUUGGCGACAGGCGCGGUGGCUUCGGCGAUGACCGCCGUGGUGGCUUUUCCCGCAGCGACCAGGCACCCGCUCGGGAGCCCAUGAACCGGCCGCGCAUCCAGCUCGAGGAGCGCCGUGUCGACGCCCCCGUUGGCCAAGCUGCGAGUGCGCAGUCCGACAUCUUCGGCGGCGCCCGCCCCGUGGACAACGCAGAGAAGCUUCUCAAGGCGCAAGAGGAGCGCGAGCGCCGCGAGGCCGAGCUCCGGGCCAAGGCUGAAGCUCAGCAGGCCCAGAAGGAACAGCAGCAGCGGCAGCAGCAGCAGCAGCAGCAGCAGCAGCAAGAGCCACAACAACCAAAGCAACAGCAGAAGCAGCAGCCAAAGCCUACGGAGGAGGCGAAGAAGGACGUCCGUGAAGUGGGCAACAAGUUCUCUGCCCUCGUCAUGGAGGACAACAUGUGAAGCGAUUCCUGAACAGCCCCGACAUGCGUUUGUGUCUUGGCAGUCGGGUCCUCGCCUGUCACAGCGUGUGUGGCUGCUUGUCCAUGCGGCCGACCGACAGCACCGGGUUCUCUUCUGUGCUUCUCAUUUGUGGUGUGUGUGUGUGUGGAUGGAUAUGUUUGUGUGUUCAUGCAUUUGUCGUGUGUAUGUUUUGUGUCGUGUUUCCCCUACUUGUGUCUUUGUGGGUGGUUCGAUGUAGCGGUGUCUGUUGGGUCGCUUAUUUCCACCAAGUCGUAGCCAGCAAGAUUGAAGCCAUCCACACGCACA